AUGUAUAUCACGACUAUCAGUCCAGGCUCGCUAACAAAGGAGCACCAGGAAAGGGAACAGCAGUUCAUGGAAGACAAGAAAAGGAAAAAGGAAGAUAAAAGGAAACGGGAAACCUCGCAGAAGGUUGCAGAGCAAAAAAAUAAAGUGCCAGAAUUGACCAAGCCUCCAUCUGCACAGUCUCCUGCCGCCCCCAACUCAGCUUCCCCCAGCCCUGGCCCCGUCCCCUCUUCAACCCCAUCCGCUGCCACCCCGGCUGCUGGCACCCUCCCUCAGGGUGGGAACAAUGCUAAGCGGCCGGCGGUGGCCAACGGACAGCCCUCCCCCAGCACACCGAAUUCUCAGCGCUACAUGCCCCGUGAAGUGCCCCCUCGAUUCCGUUGCCAGCAGGACCAUAAAGUGCUACUGAAGAGGGGCCAGCCACCACUGUCCUCCAUGCUGCUGGGGGGAGGCAACAGCGGGGGAGACAGCCCCAAUGAAACAGUGGCUUCUGCCUCAGAUCCAAGCCAGGGCCCUGUGGGUCCAGCUGCUCCCUCACUGCCCCAUACGUCAUCCGCCUCAUCAAUCGCUGCUUCUUCUUCUUCAAAUUAUGCAAAUUCCAUGUGGGGGACCAGCUCUGGCAGCCAUCCCCUCUCUCAGGGCAGGGAAAAGGUGAUAGUGGACCGGUCAGACCUGGAGGAAUGGCCCAGUAUUGCUGCUGGGGAUGGAUCAAAGUCAGGGGAUGCAGCAGGUACAGGAGGUACAGACAGUGGUGCGAUUCUGAACUGCAAUGCCUCGUGGGGUGAGAGGCAUCUCCAGCAGCAAGCGAAAGUUGUGGGAGGAGGGAAUGGAAGGAAAGGAGUCAAUUCUGGCAGUUCCUCUCCGCCCACAUCCUCUGGAUCACCCAAUGAAUGUAUGCAGUCUGGUAGUGUUUGGGCUUCAUCCUCCCAUGAACUCAUAGGGGGGAAUGCAGUAGCAGCAGGCUCAUUGCCCCCCAUAUCCAAAGCUGCCCCUCUCCCAGGGAGCUCUGAUAGCUCCUUUGGUGUCAGCUGUGGGAUUCCAGGUGCCAAUUUUACCCCUAAUGCCAAUCCCUCUGCUUGGCCAGCCCUAGUACAGGAAGGGGCUGGGACAGUUGCAACAGAGGGUGGCUCCUCUUCCCUCCAAAGCUCAUCUUUGUCUGCCAGCAACCCUCUUUCUGUGAAUCAAGCCUCUCAUCAGCACCAACUUCACCAAAUGCAAUCCAGAGACAGAGAGCCAUCCUGUGGAGAAUGGGGUGGCACAGCACUGGAACCAGGAGCAGGACCAAAAAACACUGGGGUGACAGAGGGGGCUGAUAUGGACUCUGGAAGCACAGGUGGAGGAGCAGGCUCUGCUUCGUCUUCCUCCUCCACCAGCUCAUCAUUGUGGAGAACUCAGCCUUUCCCUGCAAACUUCAAAACGGGUGCCUCAAGGACUGAAUCUUGGGAUGAUGGAGCAGGAGGGAGCUCCUUGUCUGCUGAAAGUGGGAAGGCAUGGGGAUAUCCCGGCCAGGACGAUCGAGGAGAUUUGACGGGGGCAGGUGCCUGGGGAACAGGAAGUGGGGGUCAGACCCCCGGGGUAUCUCAGGGAGCGUGGGGUGGGGACCAUUUGUUGGGUGGGGAAUGGGGGGCAUCCAGUGGUGUUGGAGGUGUCAGUGAUCAAGGUGGGAAAGACGGCUCAAGCAGUAACAGCAGCAGUAGUGGCGGUAGUGUCAGCAUCCCGACGACAACCUCCUCCACACCUUCAACUAUGACAAGAGCUUGGGACAAUCAGAAAGCAGUUGGGGAUGUGGGAGCAGGAGAUUUGAGUGAGUGGGGAGGCCAGGGUAGCAGAGGUGGGGAAGGUACCUCAUCCUCCAGUGGUGGAGGAAACUCCAGAAGUGGCAAUCAGCGCCAUGGCCACCACCGCACUCAUAAGCCUCCUGACCCUGAAGUGGCCUUACAGGAUCUGCUUAGCCGGUCGGAUCUGGACCCCAGAGUGCUGUCCAAUACUGGUUGGGGUCAGACACAAAUCCGUCAGAAUGUGGCAUGGGAUUUGGAAGAUGGAGGCAGAGCAAAAGCACCAGGUGGAGCAAAUUCCUUAUCUAUUGGUUCAUCUGCUCAUGCCCAGCCAUACUCUGGUCCUAGUGGGAGCACAACUACUGAUCCAUCUUCCCCCUCUCUGCUCCAAGCUGCAUCUCUGAAUGCCAACUUAAACUCAAACUCCAUCCUUGGACCACCUGCAGUUUCAUCUGGUGAAGGUUGGGACAACAGUAGUAGCAACAGCAGUUCUUUGCAUACCCGAGGCCCUCCACCCUCAGGUGUCAAUAUCCAAAACCCUAGCGUCUCACAAUCUGGAGGUGGAGGAGGUAGCUCAGCUGGUGGGCAGGGCAUGCCAUCUGGGGGUUGGGGAGGGACUGCAUCAUCAGAAGGCCAAGUAAAGGGCUGGGAAAGCGAGGGACAUGAGUGGCGAGAACGGCGAGCAGGAGGUUCGUCAGGUGGGUGGGGAGAUUUCCAAACACAGGGUACUCCAUCAACAGGAGGAAGUGGCUGGGGAGAUAGUCAGGAGGAGAAAGGAACAAGAUCAAGUGGAUGGAAAGAAAUGGGGAGGGUGGAUGCAGGCAGCUGGGGACCGAGAGGUACCAGCGACUGGGGAGAAAAAGAGUCUAAAUCGUGUAGUGGGGGGUGGGAUGGAAAGGGUGGUGGAGGUACUAGUGGAGACUCAGAAGUGGGUACAUGGGGUAAUUGGGAUGAUGGAACUCCUGGAGGGACAUGGGGAGGGGUGGGUGGAGACAUGGGUGGAAAAUCUCACCAAGGUUGGGGUGGGAAGAUGCACCCUUCACAAAUGCCAAACAGCCAAUCAGCCUCACAGAAAGGCCCGGCACAGCAGCAGCAGCAACCACAAUCACAGCCUCAGCAGUGUCAGUCAGUGGACACAGGGGCCAUGCAAGGGGGCUGGGGAAGACCAGCAGGUCCUUCAGUCCAGAGCCAAAGUUCAGGGUGGAAUUCAGGGCCUAUACCCCAAAUUUCCAAUGGCCCUGGAGAGACUUCAGAGCCCAGCGGUUGGGAGGAGCCUUCUCCACAGUCCAUCAGCAGGAAAAUGGAAAUUGAUGAUGGAACAUCUGCUUGGGGUGACCCCAGCAACUACAACUACAAAAGUGUCAACUUGUGGGAUAAAAACAAUGCCCCAUCUGGCCAGGCACAAUCAGUGUCCCCUCAGCAGGGCCCCCCACCCCUGCAACAGCCGCCACCAGGAAGAAUGCCAACAGGUCUUGGGAAUAGGGACAUGAACAUUGCACAUUCAGCAAGCAAGGGGCCAGGAAUAGCUUCUGGGUGGGGAGGUCGUGGCUCUCCUUCCAGUCCUUGUGUGGACAAUGGUACUUCAGCCUGGGGUAAACCUACUGAAGCUCCCACUGGUUGGGAUGACAGUGGCAAGGCCUCAAGUUGGGGGGAUCCCUCAUCCAAUCCAGUGAAGUCUGGUUCAAAGUCUAUGCAAGAAGGUUGGGUAGAAGGAGAGGGUUCAGUCAGUGCUUCGCGUAACCCUAGCUGGGAGGAGGAGGAUGAGAGUGGUGGUGUUUGGAAUAGUGCUGGUUCCCAAGGCAGCAGCUCUUCAUAUAAUUCUGGAGGCUGGGGAGCCAAAAAGGGCAACAAGGGCUCCUUGAAGGGUGCAGGAGAUUCUUGGAUGAACCCAAUGUCAAGACAGUUUUCAAAUAUGGGAAUUUUGGGAGAGGACGCAGGUGGCCGUUCCUUGGAUUUGGCCCCUGGUCCUCCACAGGACAAAAAGAUGGAAGGAGAGAAGCGUGGCAUGGGCUUAAACGAGUACAAUGGAGAGAUGCGUAAAGGAGGUCGUGGAGGUGGGGCAGGAGCAGUCUUCCGUUCACCUGGUUCCAAAGAGGUGGGAGCUUGUGAACCUGGGCCUUACUAUGACAAGGCAAGUGGUCAGUUGUUUAGUAGCGGAGGAGGGAUGGCACAGUCAAGGCACCAACCAGGGGUGCCACCCAUCAACCCAUCAGUGCGAGCACAAGUGCCUCAUCAGUUCCUGUCACCUCAGGUGCCAGGCUCUGUUCUGAAACAGAUGCCUCCUCCCAGUGGAGGUGUUGGGGGAGGCAUCUUUCCUCCACAGCUUUCCCCUCAGCACAUUGCCAUGCUCAGCAGCAUCUACCCACCACAUCUUCAGUUCCAGCUGGCCUGUCAGCUCCUACUGCAACAGCAACCGCAGCAACAACAGCAGCAGCAGCUGUUACAGAACCAGCGCAAGUUCCCCCCAAACAUACGACAACAAGCAGACCCCCAACAGCUGGCCAGAAUCAUGGCUGUUCUUCAGCAGCAAAGACAACAGCAGCAGCAUGUGGGAGGUACAGGGGGCAGCUCCAAACUCUCUCCUUCUCAUCUUGGAGGAAGUGGCCCAAAGAUGCCAAUGUCCGACCCCCUUUCACACCCUGGCUUGGCAGGAUCUGUUGCGGACCUACAUCAGAAAACACAAGGAGCUUACUCUGGGUUUGGGCCUGGAAUGAGUCUCUCUGGUCUGGAAUUGGGUCCCAUGGUUGGUGGGCCAGCUGGGCUGAAAGACAGUGGGGGGCAGCAGUCUCGUUUCAAAUGGAUGAUGGAAGGCCAUUCUCCAGCACCUUCACCUCCUGAUAGCACUCUUCAUAAAAAUGGUCCCAUUGCUGCUCCUCUUAAAAUGAGAGGUGGUUCCCCGUAUUCCCAGUACGAGAUGCUAGGAGGUGGUGAGGGUUUAGGUGUUCCUCCACAGGGGCCAUCAGAUCACUGGCACAGAAGUCCUGGAAACAAAAUGGGCACCAAAACUGGCACAUCAAGCUGGCCUCCAGAGUUUCAACCUGGAGUGCCUUGGAAAGGACGUCCGAAUGUGGACACUGACUCUGAUCCCUACAUGACCCCUGGAAGUAUGUUGGGUUCAUCGAUGUCAAGCCUCAAUGACACUGAGCAUCAACUGCUAAGAGACAACACAGAAUCAAAUCCCUCCCUCAACACCUUGCUGCCUUCACCUGGUGCCUGGCCCUACAGUGCCUCAGAGAGCCCCCUAACCAAUGCACACAAUCCAGCUAAGUACACAGACUACAAGCCCAGCUGGCCACCUGAGCCAAUAGGGCACAACAAGCCUUGGAAGACCAAUCGCAACAACUCUCAUCUGCCACGCCCACCUCCUGGACUGACCCAUCAGAAGCAGCCUUCAGUUUCUCCCUGGACGAGUGGAGGCCCACGAGUGGGUAGAGGAUGGGGCGGCUCUGGAGGCAGCCAAGAAAACAGAUUUGGGCCUGGUUCUGCGUGGAGUGAUGGAGGAGCCUCUAAGGGGAGCUGCUGGCUGGUUUUGAGUAAUCUUACCCCUCAGAUUGAUGGCUCCACUUUGAGGACUAUCUGUAUGCAGCAUGGACCGCUUUUGACCUUUCACCUCGGUUUGACCCAAGGUAGUGCUCUAAUUCGCUACAGCUCUCGCCAAGAAGCAGCCAAAGCCCAGAGCGCACUUCACAUGUGUGUUUUAGGUAACACCACAAUCCUGGCCGAGUUCGUAAGCGAAGAGGAGGUCGCUCGCUAUUUUGCACAUUCCCAGGCCGGAGCAGCUGGAAGCGGCAGCGGAGGGAGCGGGGCCGGCGGUGUGGCCGUCUCAGGGCCGGCAGGUGUGGCGGGAUCAUCAGGGGCUGGAGCCGUGGGUACAAUCAGUGCUGCGAGUGGUGACCGAGAACGUGCCGCAGUAGGAAGUCUAACAGCAGGAGGAAGCAGCAACAGUGGUGGAACCGGCCCCUCAGGCUCUACGUGGCAGAGUUUGGAUGGUACGGGCAGCUCGUCUGACCCAGCCUCAGCACAGGGAGCAGGCCUGAGCAUUUUCGCCCAGUGGAGCAGCAACGGUGCUGGUGGCAGCAAUGCAGCGGGCGUUGAUCCCGGAAGAGCCGGGCUGUGGGGCGGCAUGACUCCAGGCUACACAGGCAGCAGUCUGUGGGCUUCACCAGCCAUGGAAGAUCGGCAUCAGAUGAACAGUCCUGCCGCGCUGCUACCCGGAGACCUGCUAGGAGGAGGUGCAGACUCAAUCUGACUGAUGCAGACACUUACAGACAAAUAAAAACACACACGCACACACAUGACAGAUAUAUAAAUAUAACCGUUAUGUUAUCUCAAACACACGCAGGAACACAUUAAUACGAAUACAGGCGGUUUAUGUAUAUGGCCUCUGCAACUCAGACAGCCACAUAACGCAUAAAUAUACAACAAAAUAUUUAGUAUACAUUCGUAACACCUAUGUAGACCAGAUUCAGUGAUAAGCACUCAAACAGCAGAUGCCAGGUAAACACUUAAGGAGCAGAUCCACUGCAUUACCAAACCUAGCAAAACGCAUUAAGAUGAAAUUGUUAAUGACACUGGUUACAAAUGUACACACACUGUUAUUAUUAUUAUUAAUAUUAUUAUUUUUUACCUGAGCAGUGUUUUAAGCUCCUCGUAAAUCUAAUGUUGGUAGGAGCGCAGAGGAGCAGUGUGUGGACAUAAGGCAGUACUGAUAGACACGCGCACACACAUAUAGAUACACACACACACACACACUCAUUUCUUCUUAUUCUUAAAUGAAGACUUCAGCAAGACUUGAACAGGACAUGCAAACAGUUGGACUUAAAUACUGACUCAACUGGAUGAAUCCUAAACCUUGAGGUCAUAAAGAUCACACUCGCAUACUGAGACGCUCUCACUCAGGCGUGCACUGUAAAGGAAAAAGCAGACAAAAAACAAAACAAAGGACAAAAAUAUGCAUCAUACAAUGUUCGUUGAACGCUCGCGUUGUUACGGCUCCAUUUCCAUGCAGACUUAAAUUACUCAAACACUGUUCUGAUGUCUGACAAACUGUAACUUCUCGUUGUCUUUUUUAUUUUUGUUUUUUGGUUUGUUUUAAAUGAUGGUGAAAUCCAGAAUUUGUUUUUUUUCCAAAAAAAAAAAAAAAAAAAACGCUGACCUCGGUUUUUUUUUUCUUUCUUCUUAAUCGAGUAUGUUGUCAUAAUGACGAUCACUUGGAUGUUACUUAGCUGUACAAGGUGCCCUUUCUGCCUGUGCGUGCAUGAGUGAAGUCCCAGGUGAUGGAGGCGACGUUCCUAGUGUUUUGCGAGGCAUCGAUGAAUGUGUGGCAGCCAGAGAUUAACAAGCGUGGUGUAUUUACAAAGAUCAGUGCUGGAUUAGGGAGGUGAGUAAAUGUAUGAGUGACAGCUUUAUUUCAGGUGUUUGAUGUCUAUGUGUGCAUGAUAUGUAUGCAGCUGUGGCUGUGAGUGUGUGUGUGAGAGUGAGCGAGUGUGUGUAGACAGCAAGUUCAAGAACAUUGGCACUAAUGAAUAUUUCUUAAGUUGUGGUUUUAGCAGCCUUUUCUGUUUUAUAUAUUGUCUGAAUUGCAAUAAUUAUAAUAAAGAAAAAAAGAUUUUUUUAGAAGAUGCAACCAACUGAAGGCAUUCAUACUGAAACAUGAAACAUGCCAAACCUUAUUGUACCAAGCUGAGCUGGAUAUAUGGGUGUUUUAGGAACACUUAAAAAGUACCAGUUGUUUAUUUUUGUUGUUGUGUACCAUUAUAAAUUAAGGCGGGCUUUAUCACUCGUGUUCAGGUUUUUUUUCUGUUUGUUUGUUUCUGAUUUUACAAAAGAAAUUAAUUUAAAAAAGAACAAGACAAUUAAUAAAGGUUGAAUUUAAUUUCGUUGUCAA